UCCUUCGACUUCCUGUAACUAGUGCGCCUCUUUUUCCACGUCCCUGUCUUCACAAAAACAAGAGACAGCGAUAUUCUGAACGGUUUUUCUUGGGUUUAAUGAAAACACAGUUUGCUUUUUGUUAAUACCGGUCGUUGCAGCGCUGUCAAAGGGUGAAAAGAUAGAAUAGGAGCGUGUACGCAGCGUUGCGCCCUGAAUAUAUCCUUCCGCUAUUUUUUGUCUCCUUUCAGACUGUUUUGGUCUUUUCGCUGAUAGCAACGAAGAGAGAAACCGAGAUAGCUGAAAAUCUUUAUAAUUUGUUCAAAUUAAAAAUCAUUUUAAGGAAAAACAACUUUUUGACAGGAGUUUAAGUACACGCCUUGAUUGCACGAGGGUAGUUGUCAUAGCUACUGUCUUUUUAAAAGAAAAAAUCUGUUCUGCUUUUAAGAAGUAUUGCAACGUUAAUCUAUGCUGAAGCCAGGAUUCAUUAUUUAGCGUUGGGGAACGUUGACGCACGUAAUUUAUUUUUAUUCGUUUUUUUGGGCUUCAUAUUUUUGGAAAUAGUAGAAAUAACGUGCAUAAGUCGUCGUUUAUGGGCUCAUCAUGUCAAUGAAGCAGGCCGGUGGUAACCGUAAACCCGGCGGUGGCAGCGGCGGUGCUGCUGCGGCCUCUGGUGCCGGGGGAGGUGGAGGACCUGGCGGUCGCCAGAAUUUGGGCAGAGGGCGCAACAGUGUCAAAGGUCCUUCUUCUCCUGCGAUUGCCUUCAAUGGAGUUUACGCGAACAUGCGGAUGGUGCACGUGCUGACCUCGGUGGUGGGAACCAAGUGUGAGCUGAAGGUGAAAAACGGAGUGGUUUACGAAGGAGUGUUCAAGACCUACGGUCCAGAGUGCGACCUGGUCCUGGACGCCGCCCACAGGAAGAGCUCGGACCCGUGUCUGGCCCCGAGGCGGGAGGACAUCGUGGAGAGCAUCAUCUUCAAGGCCUCGGACGUGGUGGUGGUGCAGUUCAAAGAUGUGGACCUCAAUUAUGCCCGGAAAGAUAACUUCACGGACUCUGCGGUCAGUGUGAGCGCGCGCAUUAACGGCGAGCACAAGGAGAAGGACCUGGAGCCGUGGGACGGGGGAGAGCAGCACGGCUCCGACAGCCUGGAGUCGCUGGACACGGACGUGUCGAACGGCUGGGAUCCCAACGAUAUGUUCAAGUUCAACGAGGAGAACUACGGGGUGAAGUCAACCUACGACAGCAGCCUGGCCUCGUACACGGUUCCUCUGGAGCGCGAUAACUCUGAGGAGUUCCUGAAGAGGGAGGCGCGGGCGGCCCAGCUGGCCGAGGAGAUCGAGUCCAGCGCCACCUACAGGGCGCGCGUGGCGCUGGAGAACGACGACCGCUCCGAGGAGGAGAAGUACACCGCCGUCGUCCGCGGCGACCGCGAGCCUCACGCCAUCAACAGCAGCAGAGAAAACAAGUACAUUCCUCCGGGCCAGAGGAACAGGGAGGGGAUGUCGUGGGGCGCCGGCAGACAGAACUCUCCCAGGCUGGCACAGGGCAGCUCCGGCCCCCCCACCCCGUCCGGGCCCCCCCCUCCCCGCGCCGCGCCGCACGACUACAGCCCCAGCUCCGGAGCUGACCAGCGCGUCGUCAACGGAGGUGCCCCCUGGCCAUCGCCUUGCCCAUCUCCUUCCUCCCGCCCACCUUCCCGCUUCCAGUCAGGCCCCGCCUCCCUCCCGCCCCGGGCCUCCACCCCCACCCGGCCGCCCUCCCGCCCCCCCUCCAGGCCCUCGCGGCCCCCGUCCCACCCCUCUCCUCACGGCUGUCCGGCUCCCGUCUCUCCUCUGCCUAAACGCUUGUCCACUGAAGGUCCCCCCAGGAUGUCACCAAAGACGCAGCGGACCCCCCGGACACACCGUGUGCCCAGUGGCCGCGGGGGCGCCCCCCCGGGGGUGGACUUCAUUUCCCACAAUGCCCCGGGAGACGUGUCCACCACCCCGCCCGCUCGGAGCAGCCCCUCCGGCGGCACCUGGUCUUCCGUGGUCAGUGGAGCACACAGACCCCGCUCCCCCAGGCAGAACAGCCUGGGCAGCGCCCCCAGCGGGCCCGCCUCUAUGCCCUCCCCCCAGGCUGGCACCGCCCCCAUCGACCCUGUGACCACGCCCACCUCCGCCGUGUCGCCGACCGCCGCCAGCCCUGCUUCCAACCGGGCCGUGACUCCCUCAGCCGAAGCGAAAGAGUCUAGAGUCCAGGAGGCGAGGCAGAACUCGCCCGCCGCCGGCAAGGACUGUGCCAAACCCAGCGAGGCGUCCCCCAACGUCAGCCGGCCCAUCGGCAAGGGCCCUCCGGCUAUGGCUCCAGAUCACAGAAAACAGAUCGACAAUCUGAAGAAGUUCAGCGUGGACUUUAGGUUGCAGCCGAGCUCCACCGCGGACGCGGCGUUUGACCAAAUGAUGACCAAACCGCCGCGGGACGCCGGCGACAAGCCCAAGGAGCUGGCGCUGGGCAAGGGGGCGGAGCCUGCGGGGAAGGCGGGCCAGGAGUCGGGCGCCGGCGAGGACCCCGCCCACCUCCCCGCCGCCGUGGGCGUGCCCGCCAGCAGCGGCAGCAGCAAGCCCGGCAGCCCCUCCUCUUCCUCCUCCCCGUCCUCCUCCUCCUCCUCCGGACUCUGCCCCGCCCCUGAGCAGAAGCGGGGGCCCGACGUGACCUCACAGGGGGUCCAAACGUCCAGUCCCGGCGCCAGCCUCAAAAUGGAGGGAAAAGACGAGAGAGAGGAGAAGAAAGACCCGGUGCCUGAGCAAGUCCGAAAAUCAACCCUCAACCCAAACGCCAAGGAGUUCAACCCAAGAGCCUUCUGCUCCCAGCCCAAGCCGGCGACCACGCCCCCCCCCCCCCGCCCCCAGGGCCAGCCCAGCCCCUCCAUCGUGGUCCCGCAGCCGCCCACUGUGUACAGCCAGACCGUCUGCUUCCCCCAGAUGUACCCCCUCACCCCCGUGAGCCCGGGAGUGCAGCCUCCAGCUAUGUACCACGUCCAGGUGCCGCACAUGACAGUGAGCCAGAGCAAGUCCUACAGAGCAGUUCCCAGCAUGCCCCAGCAGAGACCGGACCAGCACCACCCGCAGGGCACGCCCACCAUGAUGCACCCGGCCACCGCUGCCGGCCAGCCCAUCGUGGCCCAAAGCCCCGCCUACUCUACGCAGUACUUCGCCUGCCCCCAACAGUUCUCCAGCCCCCCACUAGUGCAGCAGAUGCCCCACUACCAGUCCCAGGCCCAGCACGUCUUUAGCCCUGUGAUGCAGGGCGGGGCCAGGAUGAUGGCUCCGCCCACGCACGGCCAGGCCAGCCUGGUGUCGUCGUCAACCACCCAAUACGGAGAGCAGACGCACACCAUGUACGUGUCUCCGGGUCCGAUCCCGCAGCAGUACACCCACCCCAGCGCCACGCUGCACCCCCACCCGCAGCACCCCCAACAAUCGGCCACGCCCACUGGCCAGCAGCAGCCCCAGGGUCAGCACGGAGGCAACCACCCCCCCGCCCCCAGCCCAGUGCAGGUGCGUCAACCUCUCCGUUGCAGCAUACAUCAGGCUGCUCAGGCCCUGCACCUGGGGAACCCCGGCCAGCAGCCCAUGUACUCCGCCCUGGCCCCCACCCCCCCCUCCAUCACCCCGGGACCCAACCCCCAGUCCCCCCAGACCAGCUACCCCUCUGCCCAGCAGACCGUCUACAUCCACCCCCAGCAGCACGGGUACAACCACUCCCACAUGGCACACGUGCAGCAGGCUCAUAUGCAGUCUGGGAUGGUUCCUUCCCAUCAUGCCACGCCCACUCACCCCCCAAUGAUGCUGAUGGCGACGCAGGCACCGGGCGGCCCCCAGCCCCCCCUCCAGCAGAGCGCCCUGCCCCCCAUCCCCGUGUCCUCCACUGCGCACUUCUCCUACAUGCCCCACCCCUCCGUGCAACCCCACCACCAACAGCAGUUGUAGGAGAAGCAGAAGAGGGGAGCGGUUUCUUCUUCCAGCCCCCCCCCCCCCCCACCGUGGAUCCCCGAAAAGAAGAAAACAGGGAGGGGGGGGUCCUCUCGCCCCUGCUACAAUUCUGCUUUCUUUGUACCCGUAAUUAGGAAUGCUAACAGGUCAACUUGCAGUGGAGAAAUGUUUUGAACUAAAGAGUUUUGAUAACAGUCGGGACGUCCCGUGACAGAGUCGUACGGUAUUAAACCCGCUGCUGGGGGGGGUGGGGGGGGCGUGCGGCCAUUUUACGCAAAACUGGAACCUUCCAUGUCCUUUGCACCUUCCAGUCUAAAGAACGUAUUAACAGCUCUGUUCAUCGCUGCUGCUAUUUCUGUGCUCCAGUUUCGGGCAGAACUCCUCGUUUUAACCCGAAAUUCGAAACUAAGAGAGAGAGAGAGAGAGAAAAAUAAACGAGAAAGACAACCUCAUUGUAAUUAACCCGUUUGGCAAAAAAAGAAAGAUGGAUUAUUUAUGAAUCAUGACUGCUGAGGUGUGACCCCCCCCCCACCUCAUCUUGACAGUUAUGUAACUUUUAAGUUAAAAAAAAAAAAAGAACUUUUACUUUGUAGAUAAUAUAAAUAAUUUAAAAAAUGAGAAAAAAAAUUUAAAAACAUUAAAAAAAAGUUUUAAAAACUGUA